UCUUGCGUCGGCAUCCGACCAAUCUCAUUUCCCUCAAUCAGGCAUAUUUAAUUCUGGAUUAUGCUCUGGCUUUCGUGUUUAACAAUGUAACCCCGUUGUCCUUCAUCCAGAGAGUCGCCAAUCAAACGACAAAGACGACGAGACAAUUCUCUGUUUUUUAAAGAAGAAGAAGAAGAAGAAGAAGAAGAAGAGUUAUAUAAUAGAUGCCGGUCUAGAGUGGACCGUGAUGGAGAUGUGCAGUCGAGGCAGAUCGAGUGAGGGCUCAGGGAGUUCUCGUCGCUGAUGGGUGCCUGUGUUUCGGUCGAAGACGAUGAUGCUAAUGGGAGAGUGGCGGAGAAACGCCUGAUUCCGUGUCCUUCUCGGCUGGAUGGGGCUUUUGCUGCCCAACGCAAACUCAGUUCUCAGCAUUCCAUCACUUCGUGGACCAGUACAGGUAGUAACGAGGAGAUGUUUUUCGAUGCACAAGCGUGGCAGGAAUGCAGCUCUGAGGAUGAUUUCUUCAGCGUCAACGGAGAUUUCGUUCCAUCUGGUGCAAGCAGUCCGACUCAUCGGAGCAGCUUCGCUGGCUUCCCACCUGCGACCAGAACUCUGUCUGCGAGCAGAAGCAGCAUUUUCAAUCAUGAAUCGCCGUCGUUUACGGAGAAAAAAGAGCCCCUUGAUCACGGCAGUGUCCUUCCCAACUACAAGCACAAGAAGGAGAUACAGCUGGUUCAGUUCUUUCAAGACAGAUUUUGGACCAGUCAGGCUGGACUACUUGAUCAUUACAGCCACCCUCACGAUCAAGGCAUAACCCACAGCAUGUUGAAGUCGAAGCCAAAAGGUCCUUAGAUGCCAUCUCCUAGGGCUGACAACCAUACCAAAUUUUCACCCAUCUUAAGCAACACGGCAUCGAUGAGUAGGUCUAGUGACCUGACCUCAAGGGCUAAAAGUCGAUGAUGCUUGGAAUUGACGGAGAGAGCUCAGAUGUUCCACCGCGUGCCAUCAGAAGAUGUAUGAGUUUUGACAAUCUUGUAUGAGUCACCAGCUCCUACAUUUGAUGCAGCCUGCAUCAUCAACGGGGGUUCAGACUUCAUCGAAUUGAUGAGAGAUCGAAAGCGAGUUUGUUUAGUAUGUCCUGCUUGAUCUCCUCUAAUUUGUGGACAGAGGGUCGUUCUUUGUGAGUAGAUUGAAAUCUUUCUUGUAAAUUCAGAAGCUUUUUGAGUUGACAGAAGUGAAUACUGGCAAUCUGAAUACAUAAAGCUUGCAUUUGUGCAUGUCCAAAA